AUAGGGACAGAGCGCAUACUCCAGCUUGUUCUCACGGCUCGCAAUGCCAGCCUGCUCCAGCAGUGCCCAUGUGCCAUACAAAAACACUGCCAGUCCCGUGGGUUAUAGUUUGCUGAUCUCAGCCUUAUUGAACAAUAAUGUAUAAAAUAUUUUGCUUUGAUGGAUGUGAUGGCUUUAAAUUACAGCCACAAAUUCCUUGAGAGUCUUCCCUUUAAACAGGUAGAGCUUAAUUCCUCUCGGCUUGAGCAUGGCUGGACUUAGUGACUCACUCCUAAUGAGGGAAUGUGGUGAGUGAUCGUGUGUGACUUCUGAGACUAAGUCCUACCAGGCAUUGCUCUCUCUCGGGUCACUCAUUCUGGGGGAAGUCAGCCACCAUAUCAUGAGGAUGCUCCAGGCCCAGCCCAGCCUUCAGAUGCCUGUGGCCCUGGCCAACGUCUUGACCGCAGCUUUAUGAGAGACCCUGAGCCAGAACCACUCGGCUAAGCCACUCCAGAUUUCUGACCCUCAGCAACCGUGAGAUAAUAAAUGUUUGUUGUUUUAAGCUGUUAUGUGUUGGGGCGACUUGUUAUGCAGCAAUAAAUAACAUUCAGUGGACAGUAAAACAAGAGGCACUUAUAAAAAUCAGCCUUAUUUUAUAGGGACAUCUGGUGUCUAUAUCCAGCUGCUUUCUUCACAUACCCACUUGGAUGUCUCACACACAUCUCAAAGAAGCAUGAUUCCCUCCAAACCUACUCACUGAGAAUCCAUCCGUCUGGGCUGCGUUAAUGCUUUCUGUUUCCUCACUCUGCCACCCGCUAGGCAGAUAUGCAGACACACACACGCUCAUUCACACAUCUAAUUGAUCACCUAAGUCUCAAAGGGCACGUGUUCCUCACCACCAAUCAGUGUCACCUCUGGCCUCAGUUGUACAAAAGCCUCAGAGCUGGGCUCCUGACUUGCCACUCAGCACAACCAAUCCAUGUGCCACACAACCGUGAGUCACUUUCCAACAAGAACUAGAUCACGCUGCCACCUAGCUCAAGUCCUCCAGAGACUUCCCUUUGGAACGAGACGGGGAAGCCAGCUCCUCACAGGGCCCAAUAAGACCCUGGCAGGGUCUGCCCCUGGCCGGCCUCUCCCACUCACCCUGCCGCUCUCCUCCUCAGUGCUUCUCCGCCGGCUCUUCCUCCCACCUCAGACUCUGCACAUGCUGCUCCCUCUGCCUACACGCUCUUCCCGCGUCCAUGUGGCUUCCUCCCACACCCCGUCAGUGUGGCCUCCCGGCCCCCUCAUCUAAGGAGCCGUGGACCGCAGGAAGAUGGAGCGCUUCUCUUGCAGUGUGAUUAUGGUCAUGGCCAUUUCCACAGCGUUUGAACUGGGAUUGGUUGCUGGGUUGGGCCACCAUGAGCUUGCACGUCCGUCCCAGGGAGACCUGGCCUUCAGAGCUGACACCGUUCGGUCCCAGGAGGAGCCUGCAGUUCGUCGGCGGCAGCCUUUCCAGUUUGUGCCAUCCACGGGAAUCCAGGACAGUAAAGAGCUAAACAAAACGUGCUGUCUGAAUGGGGGAACCUGCAUGCUGGGCUCCUUUUGUGCCUGCCCGCCCUCCUUCUAUGGACGGAACUGUGAGCAUGAUUUGCGCAAAGAAAACUGCGGGUCUGUGCCGCACGGCACCUGGCUGCCCAGAAGGUGCUCCAUGUGUAAAUGCUGGCACGGCCGGCUUCGCUGCUUCCCUCAGGCCUUUCUGCCGGGUUGUGAUGGCCAUGUGAUGGAUGAGCACCUCGCAGCUUCCAGGACUCCAGAAUCAACACUGUCUGCGUGCACCACUCUUACCCUAGCUGCCAUCUGCCUUGCCAUACAAAGUUACUGUUAAUCAACAUUUGCAUGCAACAUUUGUCCUUAGAUUUCACGACCAGUAAAGGCUAUCUCUCCAUUGUCCUGAGAGAUGAUCAUUUAUUUGUUGCCGUGAAAUAGGGAAUAGAUUUCCAUAGUGGUGCCUAACAUUUCCUUAAAGUACCAACUACUUUCCUCUGCCCUACUCUCUCCAAAAAACUACUUUAAAAAAAAGUCAGCUGUAUCUGCACUGUGCCUAAGUUCUGUGUAACUCUACCAAGCGCGUUUUAUUAAUAUUUUCCUUUAAACAAUUGAAUUCUGUAUUCAGAUUAUUAAAGGCUAAUCCUGCUGUGGAACAGGAUAAAGUUUUGACUAGAGUGAUCAAAAUCAGUUAAGACAUUAUCUUUCGAAGAAAAGGAAAGGAAACAUCUCUAAGGGACCAAAUAAGAGGGCAGGGGGCAGAUAGUAGAGAUGAGGACAGGAUGCUGGAGUGAUGGAAGUGCGUGUGUACCAGGGAGACCAGGCAGAGAAGAGGAAGCAAAUGGGAGAGACGGACUGGAAAAAAUAAAAAGCGUUGCUUGCCUGAUGAUUAGAUGGGCACAGAGAAGCAAGUAAAAAGCCAAGCUGAAGGGCAAGUUUCUAUCAUCUAUAGAAAACUACAUAAGCCAAGAACACCCCUUUUUUCUCAAGGCAUUAUAAAGAGAAUGAAGUCUUCUUGGAAAAAAAUUCUGUCUAAAUUUCCCCAAGAAGAGUGUUUAAUGAAUUGUUUCCGCCACACUAUGCAAUUAUUUUAACUUUUGUAAAAGAAAAUGUUCACAAUAUAUUUAGUUGUAAACCAAGUGAUAAAACUACAUUGUACAGCCCAUUUUUAAAAUACAUUAUGUGUAUGAAUAUGCCCUGUAUUAGCAGGAAAUAUAUUGACCAAAAUGUGAA